AUGGUCUCUUCACUCUUACUGCUCGCCCUUCCUCUGGCACUGCAAUCCAAUGCUGCAGCACUGCCCCCUUCGGCACAGGCAACGGGCCUGGACAUCAGUAACACUCUCCAAAACAUUCUGGCCAACACGCAAAAGAGCGAUGGCUACAGCUAUCCAACAGAUCUGACAAGAGGAAUUGUGCCGAAGCCAAUCCACUCGCACAACGACUACUGGCGCGACGUUCCUUUCUAUUCAGCCCUCUCCGUAGGCUGUGCCUCAGUCGAGGCCGAUGUCUGGCUCUACAACAACACCCUCUACGUUGGCCAUGAACAAUCUGCUUUGACACCUGCCCGGACACUCGACUCCCUCUACAUCCAACCCAUCCUGGAUACCAUCCAACGACAAAACCCGUCAUCGCCGUUUGUCACUUCAUCCGCCAAAAAUGGCGUCUACGACACAGCCUCAGGUCAAACUCUCCUUCUGUUUAUCGACCUCAAGACCGACGGCCCAACCACGUGGCCUGCCGUUGUCAGUGCCCUUGAACCCCUUCGCAGCCCGGGCUACCUCACCACGUUCAAUGGCACGGGCGUCACCGUCGGCCCAGUCACCGUCAUCGGCACCGGCAACACGCCGCUGAACCAGAUCCAGCCGCUCCACGAACGCGACUACUUCUUCGACGCCCAUCUGGACCUGCUGAACUCGACCGAAUCCAACAUCACCGCAGCAGUCUCGCCCGUGGCAUCGACCGAUUUUGCCGCGCAAUUCGGCCCCAUGAACGGCACCACGUUCAAUUCCACCCAACUGGAGACUCUGAUCAGCCAGAUCGAGGUGGCCAAGUCCAAGGGCAUCUUGGCGCGCUACUGGGACACGCCGGCCUGGCCGAUCAGCACGCGGAAUGCGGUGUGGGCGACCUUGCUCGAGCAAGGUGUCGGACUGUUGAAUGCGGAUGACUUGCCAGCGGCUGCGGGCUUUGGCGCUUAUUAUGGGAUGUGGUGA